UUUUUCUCUCUUUUCUCGCCUAAAAGAACCUUCAAGCUCUCUCUCUCUCUCUCUCUCUCUCUCUCUCUCUCUCUCUCUCUCUCUCUUAAUAAAUCAAUCCCACAAGACUCGUGGAAGAGGAACGAAACGCGUUUUUUUAGAAUUGUACAGACUCAUUUCUAUUCCAUUCAAUUCAAUUUGUUUGAAUUUUCGCAAUAAGUUUCUGGAUUUGAAUUUUUUUUGGGGUUACCUCGAGAAAGAGAAGAGAAUCGAAUUAGGGAAACGAUGGGGAUGGAUUUGAGGGCGGAGGAAUUAUGGAAUCAAGGGAGAGAUUCUAGCCACGACGGCGAACGUGACCUAGGUCUCAUGGUUACUGAUUUUAUCGAGACCGGAGGUGGUGGUAGCGGUGGUGCUGCUGAUUCCUGGUGCAGCAGCGACAGCGAUUCUGGAUUUCCUGAUCCUUCUUACCUUUCCGAUAAGAUUCAGUAUCUUAAGUACUCUAUGGCUCAACACGAAACUGAGGUUCUCUCUGCGGUUCGGUCUCUGAUGCUUACUAUUAAGGAGAAAGAUCUUCACUCUGUGAAGUCGGGUACAUGUAAUGCCAGUUGCAUCAGGUUUUACCUCGCAAAGCUUUUGAGACUCUCUGGAUAUGAUGCUGCUGUUUGUUCUGCUAGAUGGCAAGGCGGUGGCAAAGUUCCUGGUGGAGAUAAUGAAUACAUAGAUAUCAUAUUGAGUGACACUGAAGUUGGCCAAGAUGAUCGUCUGAUUGUUGACAUUGACUUUAGAAGUCACUUUGAAAUCGCUCGAGCAGUGGAUUCUUACCAACGUAUAAUGGAAACACUCCCUGUGGUCUAUGUAGGAACAGGGGCAAGACUAAACCAGUUCCUCCAAGUAAUGGUCGAUGCAGCCAAAUUCUCUUUAAAGCAGAAUUCAAUGCCGUUGCCUCCAUGGAGAUCUCUGAACUACCUGCGAUCCAAAUGGCAUUCUCCCCACAAAAGGCAUCUCGGUCCUAUCGAUCAACAAGGUCCUGGAAUGUUCUUACCAGGAAUGCACCGCCAGUGUGCUGAGAACUUAAAGAGGCUUCAGUUUGCUCUCCAAGUCGAACAAGAGUCUGAGAGAUAUAUGAAGAAGAAGAGCGGUUUUAGACGCAGGAACAAUCCCGACAAGAUAAGAAUUCAAGGGGCUCAUGCUCCUUAAAAGAGAUUUGUACAGAUGUGUUUUUGGGGCAUCAAGAGGCCAAAGAAUUUUGCUCUGUUGAGUCGUCGUUUUUGAGUUUAAUAUUUUUUGCGGCUGAAAUGUUUUUUUUUUUAUAUGGAUUCAUUUGGGGGUUACACAAUAAUAGCCAAAGUUAGGCUUUAUACGAAAGAAAGAUAGUAUACGAAGUAAUACGUCAGGUAAACCAUAUUAUUUUUUCCUCAGUUGUACGAUUCGCCAUUGGGAGAGAUUGUUCUAAAAGCAUGAUUCUGUUUCGUUUUUUUUUUCCC